AAUAUUAUGGAAAAUGUAGUGUUUUUGUCCUUUUGCCACAGUCAUAAACUCGGCAUUACACACAUUACGGACAGGUGGGAGGGUGUUUUCGGCAGGCGUACUGGCCAGGCGUGUGUUGUGAGGUGAAUCCAAAUCGUCUACAUUGCACAACCAUUCAGAACAAAGGGAGAACACCUCCGGAAAGCGCAUUUUGUGAUAACAUUCUAGUCAAAAAGUCUGCACCCCCGUCUCUCCUCCACGGUACGAGUUGCUGUUUCACCGAUUCUGACGAAAAAAAGCUACUGCAACUAAAUGGAUACCAGUUUCCCACCACCGUGUGCCAUUAUUUUUGAAACCCGUUGAAAACGGCACGAUUGAUAAGAACCCGUGGACUUUCAUAUACACCCCCGGUUGCGUAUGUAUUCGUAGCGAGCGGAUAUCGGCCUAACGAAGCGCGGAAAUCACCCUGAUGCCAGGAACACACCGAACGUGAAGUGGCAAACAGGUGCACAAACAAGUUGGAAGAAGAAAACAGACGGCUAAAACGGGGGUAUCGUCGAUUAAUAUAGUAACAUUCAUACAAACCCUGCGCGACACACAGAGAAGGUCGGUGUGCGCUUAUCGCGACCCCAAGAAAUAGUUACAAUCGUGUCGAUUGUAUACGCUGAAUCGUAAACGAAAAGUGUGAAACUUUUCCCUUCAGAACAUUUACGCCCGCGGUAAACACGACCACCGAAACAGCCUGUUACGAGGUCGGCGAUGCAGUGAACAGUGAAACCGAACGAAAGCGGAGUUUCGUAAUACAUUGUCACCACAUUUUGCAGUCUGUGUACUAGGAACUAGAGCAAGUGUCUAGCGGAAGACGUACAGAUCCACAUCAUGUUUACGUCGCUAAAGAACAAAAUUCGUGAAGAAACCGGCAACGAUGUAGCGCCACUGUCCGUGUCCCGAACUCGCCGCAGCCGGCCAGAAUCACUCACCAGUGCCAGUUCGAUCGAUGAGCUCAGCAUUCUGGAGCAGAAGGAUGCCGAGCUGAAUGCUACCCGGCUCGAGCUUCAGGAGCUUGCCGGCCAUUUGACUAACUUUCGGGAGCAGGCACGUUCGCUCGAGGAGGAGACCGCUCGGCUGAAGCAAACCAACAGUGCCCUCGAGGCUAAGCUCCAAGCAAGCCAGCUGCAGCGAGAUCUUCAGCGUGAAGAACAAGACAAGAUUCAGAACUGUCAGCAGCAGGAAAUAUCGAAGCUGAAAAGUAUGUUGCUAUUCCGCGAGCAGGAAGCUAUUGAUCGAAUAGCGCAUCAGAAGAAUGCCGAACAGCAAGCCGAAAGUCUUCGGCAGGAGGUAAAUCGGCUGCGAGAAAUCGAACCAAUGCUAGAAAACACACAGGACGAGCUGGAAAACCUGCGCCAUUCGUCGCAAUGCGAGCGGAACAGUCUGAUAUCGAAGUUGGCCGCUGUAGAGGAAGCAAACCGGCAUCUGAAAAGUCGCGUACAGGUGCUGGAAAAUACGCGUGUCUCACUCGGCACGAACAGUGGUAGUACGGACGAGAAGGUGCAGUGUUUGCUACAGGAACGCGACCUGCUUGAACAACGGCUGGAGGCGGCUCAUCUGCAUCUGUCCGACAUUAAGACGAGCUGGAGCUCCCAGAAUAUGACGCUCGAAACGCAGGUAAGCCGCUUGUCGCGCCAAGUCGCGGAAGAAACCACCGAAAAGUAUAACGCGCUCAAGGUAAAGGAUGAGUUGAUCGAGAAGCUGAAGCAGCUUGAAUUCGAGUUCGAGAAGCUACGGUCGGAAGUAACCCAACGUGACAAUAAGAUCAAGCUUAUGAAUGAAGAAAUCGAUGAACUACAUUCGGCCCUACGUGAGGCACGUGAGCAGCACGAAGAGGAGGUCACGUUCAUGAGCAGUAAAGUAGAACAACUGCAAACGGAAUGCACCGACCUGCGUUCGAACCUCACCGAAUCCGAACAGCGACUCCUUGAGUGUUUAGAGAGUGCUGACCGCUCUACCGGUGCCUAUCAGGGUCAGGUAGCUGAACUAGAGAGCACUGCGCGGGAACUUAAUCGUCAGCUGGCCAGUGAAACACAGGAGAAGAUGGCUGUUCUGAUGAAGAACGCAGAAAUGUCACAACAGGAGGAAAUUUUACGCCAAGAACUGAGACAUGAGAAAGAUGAAUCGAUCGAGCUUCAUGAUCGUGCUAUGAUGCUGCAGCAUGAACUAGAUAAACGCCUAAAUACUGUCAAUGAGCUGAGGAAACAGGUAGACGAACUCAUGACUACGAAUCUCAACCUAAAUGCUGAUCUUGUGGACAAAAAUAAGAUUAUAAAAACCUUAAAUCAGCGUCUUGUGGAUAUGAAGAAAACACUUCAGGAGGAGCUUAAAGGGCAACAGAAUGGUAACAACAAUAAUAACAUUGUCGCCAACUAUAUUAGCGGUAAUCAAGCCCCACCCCAUGAUCGAUCGCUGGAACGAUCGAAAAGCUUCGAGGGAAAAACGAUUGCAAAAGAGAACGGAACUCUGAAGCAAAACGGAACGAACGGUGGACCGGUAGUGAUGGAUGAAGUGAACUUUCGCUAUCUUAAGCAUGUGAUAAUCAAAUUUCUUACUAGUCGAGAGGUUGAAGCACGACAUUUAAUAAAGGCCGUAUCUACACUGCUGCAACUUAGCUACGAGGAAGAAAAACUGCUGCAGGACACACUGAACUGGAAGAUGAGCUGGUUCGGCAGUCGACCGGGCCAGGUUCCGAUGUCUACCAGCUAAAAUAUCUGCCUCAAAUACUACUACUACUACUACUACACCUGGUGCAGACGUGCGGCAGCUAUACGCCCGCAUACGCUUCACGCAACGCCUCUAGCAUAUCUCCUAUACAAUUUUCACUUAUUUAUCGGAAUCUUCCAAGCGACAAUUCAGAAGAAGAAACUCAAACAACCAAAGCGUAAUCUCUAGCGUAUAUCAGAUGGGACACAGUGCAAGAGAAGUAACAUAAUCAAAAGUAUGGCAAUUGACGCAAAUAAGGUGCGAGUGAAUGAUUGCGCGUAACUAUGAUUUCUGCACAAAUUGGUAAGAUUUUCUCAGGUUUUCAACCUUCCGUAUAGUUUCCUCGUUAUCCUAUCAUUUUACCUUUAACGCUAUUUACGUACAUUUAUCGGCUGCAUUUGUGCUGUAUUCAUAAAUUGAUAUACCCAACAUUCCUUAGUCAAACAAAUAUUUAUACAACAAGCAAAUGCAACCUUUUUAUACAAUUAUCAUUGCUUACAGUUAUACCGACGUAUGUGAUUUGCUUUCCAAAGAUACUAAGUAUUUACAAUGCCAUAGUAUUAGAAGAGGCGAUUUUUUUCGUGUGAUUUGAUGAGUGAUUUGUUUUGUUAAGCACGUAUUCCUUAAAAUAUGUUAGCUUUUGUAUUAUUUUUACAAAAUAUAUAGCUUGAUUCAUUAGAAAAAGCAAGAGAAGCACACGGUGCAAAACAUCUAAUCAUUUUUGGCUUGUGGCGAUUGUUGAAUAGUAGAAACAGUACAGUGCAAUACGUGUGUGCAAUAACAGUUGAAAAGACAUAAGCCCCCCUAAAGGUCUGUUACCACAGCCUACAGGAAGGUAAAUAAGGAAAGGCUUCAUACAAACAAGCCUAGCCCGCCCAAAACAGGUUCAUUGUUCAUGUGUUCCACACAGCCAUUAUUCAUGUUUAUACGAAUUCGAAUAAAUCAAUAAAUGCUAGGUAAAUUAAAGCAAAAUUACCCAA